AUGAAUGUUUCUCCAAAUAUUGACCAAAUCGAGCUGUAUAUGAGUGUUGGUAAUGAAAAUUCACCAGAAGAAAUCAAUACAGCUCAGAGUGGUUUAAAUGAAUGGUUCAAAUCUUCUUUAGCUAUAAAUGAUUCAUGCGCAAUUUUAUAUAGAACAAGAAGCGAACGAGCAAAAUUCCAAGCAGCAACAUACGUUAAAAACAAUAUUUAUUCCAAUUGGAGCUAUCUUAAUCCAGAAGAUCGACCAGAAAUCAGAUCUUCACUUCUUGAGUCAUACUUUAACGGUAAUAACAAAGAAAAUAUUAACGAAUUAAUUGCAAUAGCUAUAGCUAGAAUCGCAAUUUUCUCCGUUCUUGAAGAUUGGCAGACAUUUCUUACAGAUUGCCUGUUUGAUGAAAAUACACCAGACAUUUUAAAAUCAUUGAAGCUCCUUCUUUUUACUAAGUUCUGUAACGAAGUAGAAUCAUGUCAAUUUCUCACAUCAGGAACUAAAUCAAAACUUCGCGAGCUCUGUAUUGAAAAUACGAGUUUAAUACAUCCAUGCAUCUUAUCUGCUUUUAGAGAACCACAGAUAUUACCAUACGCAAUCAAUGCUUUCAAUUGUUUACUCUCAUGGUGCAGUUUAUCAGAGAUUGUAAACCCAGAAAUCAUGGUUUUCCUCUGUACAGAAUGGAUGGCCACCAAAUCUACACAAAAACCUACAUUAGAAUGCCUACAAACUAUAUUUAUUAAAAGAACAGAUUCAGCCAUCGGAUUUCGUCAGUUUGCAGCAUUAGUUGUAUACGGAAUGACACAUUUCCCCGAUCCUACCAACACGAAUCUCCCUAUUACAGCUAACAAAGACGUAUUAGAUUUUCUUACGAAAUUUCUUGCCAGAUUUUUAUCAAUUAUUGAUUUAGUCUUCUUCCCGAUACCAGAGGAAGCCAGUCCAGAGGAUGUUGCUGAGUUAGAAAGGGAAGCGAACCUAGUUUUGGAAGGACUUCAACAAUUUGACAUAAAAAGAGAAGAUUUCGCAGCAAUGAUUGCAAAUCUUUACGAAAUUGUUCUUUCUACAAGUCCUGAUAGAAUCUCACAUGAUUUCUGGAAGUUGUGGAAUGAUAUAACAAGGAAAAUAUACUUUGAAAGAAUCAACAAAAAAGCAACACAUCCAAUUUACGAUUUCUUCAAAGAUUUCUUCCCAAUGAUGAGAGAAUCCAUUUACGAGAUCCUUCCUUCAACAAUUGAUGAUGAAGGACAAAUUCCUUUUGAAGUAAGAAGUUGUUGGUCGAUGAUUCUCCAAAUAGAUCCAGAAAACAUGGUCCAAUUUUUAAAUGAACAAGAGAAUUCUGAGAAAUUAUGCAUCGCGUUAGGUAGUUUAGAAUUUGCUAUUGAUACUGAUGCCCAAAUGCAGCCAAUAUUUGAAAUAAUUCCUCAACUUAUUGAACAAGUCAAUGAUGAAACAAAUGAGAAAUAUUUGAUUGCACUUUUGUGCACUGUUUCUCAUUCUGUGAGAUUUUUCAUACAAAACAGAGAAGUUUUUCGCAGCGCAAUACAGUUUAUUUGCGAAUGCAUUGGACUCUCUGAAUCUGUUGCUAUUGCUGCUGUUAAUGCUUUGGCAUAUGUUAUUUAUAGACAAGAAAGUGUCUUCUUUGAAAAUGAUCUUGAAUUAGCGAAUUUCGUUGUAACAUCAUCAGAUAAUUUCUUCCAAUUUCUUGAUUUAAAUGGUAUUAGAUUAUUAUACCAGCUUUGCAGUAGAUUGAUUAGCAAGUUCCCUGAGAAUGUUAUACAGGAUAACUUCUUUGAAUUGUUUAGACCUAUUUUUGACCAUUUAAAGAUGUUUUACGAGGAUCCUUAUAACCAAGAAAACAUUAAACAGGCAACAAAUGAUUUGGACAUUAUAUCAAAUACUGUUCACGAUGUUCCUGCAAGUACUAAUUACAUUGGACAGAUAUUUGUACCAAUACUUCUUGAAAUUGGUCCUCACGUUUAUCCUGUUAAUGAUUUCAUUGAUGUUUCAGCUUCUUUGUUACUAGCAUUGGGAAGUUUGAUGCAAGGAGCAGAAUACUCUCAAAUAGAACCUCAUUUCAUUGAGACAUUGGGACAAUUAAGACCAACAAUUCAUGCUGUUACAUCUGUUUUUAGUUUCAUUGCAAUUGUUAGAUCGAAAUUCCCUGAAGUUGAUCAACAUUUUGGAAAUAUAAUGCAAGAAUUUGUGUCUCCUGCAUUAGAAUCCGAUGAUCCACCUUAUGAACAGAUUUUGAAGAUGUUGACUGAGUUUUCUUUCGCUGUUGUUGAUCCUAAUUUCAUGCUAAAACUAUUCCAAACAACAGCACUUGAGUUCUGUUCAAGAGAUGUAAAUCAAGCUGCUUUAGAAUGUUGGACGAAGUUAAUUAAAUGUCAGUCAAUUGAUAAUCAAGUUGCAAUGAACAUUUAUAAGUCAACAUUUGAAGAAAUAAUGACAAUUGCGUUUUCUAUUUUGAUUGACCAAGUUCAUAAUGCUGUUUAUGAUAAAAUUGUUGAAUUCAUUUUGAUGAAUAUUCAACUUGCAUCUGAUUACAGAUUAAUCAAUGCAGAAUUAACAGAUACAUUGGUAGGAAUCAUCACAAAGAUCGUUCCUCAAGAACCAAGGCCAAAUAUGUACUACGAAUUCGUUACUUGCCUUGAAAGAGUUUAUACAUCAAUACACAGAUUCUUCAGAGCAAUUACUGAUUUCUUGACUGGUCUUCAUAAGGUUUCUCCUGUUGAUACUGACGUGUUUAAGAUGGAAGAGUAUUCUAGACUUGAAUUCCUUCCAAUUAAGUUAGAUAAGAAUCCAUUCCUUAAAGAUUUCAUUUCAGGAAAGAAUCCUGAUGGAGUUUUGAGGCCAAAGAGUGUUGUUGCCAAUUUCAAGAAAGUUAUCGAGAAAGUCACUGCUCAAAUAGUUUGA